AGCAUCCGAAUGGAUCAAUGAUGGCGGCAGCCAGCAGACGGACCGCUCGUCAUAGUUCGCCUUCUCCAUCCCCUAUUCAUAGAACUAUAAACGAUACAGACGUCUUGGAUCCUCUUGUAGAUGCAUACAAUGACCAAGCUCUACCAGUCCCAAUCCAGACGUUCCUAUGGCAACAGAUCAGUCCGUUCACUCGUCCAAAAUUGGGGAAGUUACAUGAAGCCUCUUGCAUGUUUUGCCAGCAUGCUCCAGGCCACCAUGAGCUGAAAGAGGCUUGCAAGUCAUUUGAGAAGGUGUUAGUUCAAAACAUCCAGUUUGGGUUGCCGCCUACCCUGGCAGAAGCGGUAAAGUCUGUUCCCAGAUGGAGGCUAGUACAAGCAGCUUUCCCUCAUGUCAUGCAUUGUGCUGCAUCUUUGCUGCACAACAGAAAAGAUACCAAUCUACAAAACCUGGGAGCAGCAGAAACUAAGCUCUUGUACAUCUUACAUUGGAUUAUUUUGGAUGCAGCAGAGGAGUGUGCUGAUUCUGAUUAUGAGAAGGGAAUAUACCACACUUCACCUUUCUAUUAUUUAUUUUCCAUCCCUUCAAUUACAUUGUUUGUAUAUCUGUUUGCUCCUCUUUGUCAUCAAAUAAAAGAAUCAGAUUUGCAAACAUUUCGUCUGGAAAAUGGAAUCAAGAUCUGGCAGGCAAUGUGGGAACAUCGUCACCCAAACUCACCAUGCUUCACUGCCCAUGCAAAACCAAAGCCUCGUGAUGUAUGGGCCAAGAUAAUGAAAGGAUCACGCCCACACUUUGGUGAUGUGUUUCUCGGAAGGAGUGGUUUAGCGGACUUGGCCGGUACGAGCUCUGAUAGUCCGACAGUGGGCUCCGUCAUGGAUUUUAGCUCAACAAUCCAAUCAACUAAGCAGCAAGAUGAAGAGAAUAUUUGGGUAUCAUCACCAAAAGACAUUGCAUUUCCUGAAACAAUUCCAGAGGAAAGCUCAAGUGCUGAGGAAGAUCAUAUGUUUCAGGUUAUUGUGCAGUUCACCCAUUCUCCAGGAAGUAAUGCUCAAACGUCUACUAGCAUCAAACAAGUGCAAGUCCCUGUACCAAGAAUUGGAAAGAUACCAACAGUAACAUACGAACACCUUGUAGCACCAAGUCCCCCAGCGAUGUCAGUUCCAACUAUUGUACGGCAGAAAACUUCAAUUCAGUCUUUUGGAAUGGCCUCAAACAGAGAGCAAUCAGGAGGACAGAAGGGAGCUGACAGUGUGGACAGCUCCGCUGCAGAUGUCCCAGCUGCUACGUUCCUGGACGUUGCAGUGUUGCGUUGUUUAUUUGUCUCACAGUGGCCAGAAGAAGGUGUUUUUUGGGCAUUACAGUUCUUAUAUCACAGACUGCAAGAUCUGAGUGAAGGAUCUAUCAGUCAGCAGCAAUCUCGUCGCCGUAGCAACUCACUCCCUAUACCCAAGAUUGAAGUCUCUCUUUAUCAAAGCCCUGAAACAAAAAAGAAAGAAAACAAAGAUUUUAUAGAAGUACCAGAAAUCAAGGAUAUGAAUAUUCUUGCAGAAGCACCAUUUACAGUCCAAAAAUCAGUUGAGGACAAAACAAGUCACACAAGACGUUCAAGUGAGAAAACUAAAAAGAAAAUGAAAAUGGCAGAUCUAAGAGCAUUUGUAGAAACAAAGCUUUUGUCCAAAUCUGACAAAGCUUUGGAAAAAAUUGGACAGUUGGAAACAAAAUCUUUGGAUGACCAGCUUGUUUCAAAGGAGUAUCAUCGUAGCCUGGACACAGGAGAUGACAAUCUCACUCGGGUAUGUUCUCCUCUCAGUAAGCUCCUGGACCCAAGGAGACCAGUCACUAAUUUGGUCAAAGGAAAAAGCAUGCCCAGCCUGAGCUGUUUGCUAGAUGAAAUGACAAAUGGGGGAGGGUACAUUGGAGAGAGCCAAAGGGAACAAGUGGAAAUGUCUCCAAACCCAAUCAUUACUGUCACUGAACACACCCCUACUCCUUCACCUGACUUUUUACGGAGAAAGGGUUCUAUUGAUAGUCAACUGGAUGCUGCAAGUUUGAAGAUUGAUCAGGAACGCAAACCCAGUCUCACUCGCUCGCAGACGGACAGUAAUAUCACUUAUACUGCUGAAGAAACUCCAGAAGCUUCGGGUUCCACACUUUAUAUUACUAAAGAUGGCAAUAUUGACUUUCAGGUCGUUUUAAAGGCAGUACACUCAGUGGUGCUGAGGGACAACAUCUGCUGUACACUGCGAGUAUGUGAAGUGGUCUAUAAUCUGUUGGAGCUGCUCAUGGACAUGGGUGUGUUGUCUGAAUCCCCAUCAGAGACUUCCGAGUCUGAAUCCAUAAAGCCAAAGAACAAAGUGGAGACUCCCCAUGGACUGGCAAUGAACUGUGUAAUUAGAGUGUUGCGCCACCUUGGCUGUCCGCACGGCUGUACCGAAGGCCAAAGAGGGCCACCCAUUGACUUUCUACGCUCUCAGGGUCAGAGUAUACUCAGUAAACUACAUCGGGCCAAUGCUAAACAGUUUGGGCGGUACUUGAGACAUAUGGUCAACGUUGAUUCCAUCCCAGACAUUUUAGAUUUCUUCCAUUCAUAUGUUGGAUUCUGUGUUGAUCCCAGUUCUUUGUUAUCACCUCUAAAUCAGAAGCGAAGCUGCAGCAAGUCCCCUGAUGUUGGGUCUCAAGGAGGCUAUGCCACUAACUUCGGGGCAGGGUUGGGAGGAGGUGGAAGAGGAGUAGAAGGACAGAUAAUGACUAAUGUAUUUAAAGCACUUGUCACUCGUUUAGUCAAAUCAAAUAAAGAUUUAAAACUUCCAGAAAAUAUGACACUUUACUGUGAUGUUAGACAGCUAAUGACUUACGUGAAGGAGGCUCAUGGAGGUGUGUUUCGGCGAGUUGCGCUCAGUGGUCUCAUAGAUGUUGCUGUCAGACCUCACCGCAAAGAACCAAAGUCUCAGACGACCAGAGUAAUUAGACAUAUCCCCCACUCAGAACAGGAAGACCAUUUAAAUGGAGGAUCUUGCUAUGUCUUAGAUGACCGUGAUGCACGAAAAAUUUUGUUUAAAAAAAGGAGCACUUCUUCUACUUGUGCUAGCCUGCUGGAGUCAGAUGUAUGUGAUGAAACAGGCAAGAUAAUUCAGAGUCCCCUCAGCAAUCUGCGCAAGAAACACCACCAUGUGCUGACUCCUAGACAAAGUGAGCGAAACCUGGGAGUUACUGAAACACCUCACUCUCUACCUGCCCAGUCACGCUUUCAGAUUGGAGGGCUAGUGAACUGGUUUCGUCGUGAACAUGGACGUUCUGACUCUCUGGAUAGCCAUAAUGGAAGUGACUCACCAAUAGAAGGAGGAGCAUUGGUCCAUCAGGCUGCAGCCCUUCAUCAUUCCUACAGUAAGUCGUCACAGAAGAGCUCUGGCAGUGUUGGAAAUACUCUUCAGCGAGCACGUCGGCGCAUGGAAGAUCAGUUUAACAAAUUUGGUCUUGGAAAAGGAAAAAAGAAAGAUGGAAGUGUUGAAGAAACCCAAGGAAGUUAUCUGAGCAGGCGUAACUCAGUUGAGAUGGGAGAUCAUGGAGGUGACUCUGAAUUUGUGGUCCUUAAGGAGAGGAAACUUGUUCCAACUCUUCCUGUGUUUAAUGGAAUGCUCCGUUUUUCAUUUCUGCUAGAAACUUGCCCCCCUGGAUCAUUACCUGAUCCCCAUUUGCUCACGGCCUUGAUGGACUUACCUCAUGCUCCAGUGGUAGCAAAGGCAGCAUUUCUGUUUGAAUGCUGUUAUUUCGUGCAUUGUUGCAACAAAGGACAGUGGCCUGCUUGGAUGAAGUUGAACUUUCCCAUGUUUAGACCAUCUGGACCAAUUCCAAACCGUGGAGCAUCCACAGGCCAGAAACGAACACACAUCCUGCAGCGGGCAGCAGGCAAAAUGUUCUACCAAUGGGGAGAGGCUCUUGGUGGGCGUCUGGAGGAGAUGAUGGCAGAAGACAAACAGCACAUUCCUACAGUUAUCAACUUGCUCCUUGAUGAGAACAAGCAGAAACAGCUUCUCAUUGAGGAUGAAGAAGAAAAUUUUCUUGAUGAAUCUUGCACGAAUCUGUACGGUUCAGAGUGCCCCAUUGCACUGAGGCUUGUGGCUUGUAUGCUCCUGAUGGAGAUUACUGCAUUUCUGAGGGAGACGUACCAGAGUCUGCCCAAGCUGUGCCGCAACUCCGCAAGGGACCGGCCACCACCCUGGGAGCGGAUCUACAGUCGUGAGGCUAACCGACGCUGGAGCAUGGCGUUGUCCUCCAUGGGCCACUCUCAGAAUUCAGCACAGAGUCUACAGUCCAUUGCUGGUGAUAAAGAUGCAGGUGUAGGCCUAGAUGAUGGCAUGAGUGUUCACUCACUCCAAGUGCAGGUUCCCAGUGGCAACUUGUUACAUCUACCCAACGAGAGGUAUAGGACUAGGAGCGUCCUGAUACCUAGGAUGUCUCCACGACCGUCGGCUGCCGAUGCAUUCAAUAUGAGAGGAUCUGGAAGUGGAGAACAGUUAAGAACUAGGAGUGUUCUCAUAUCUCAGCCAUCUCGACGUCUUUCCUCUAUGACAGCUUUGUCUGACGCACUGAGUCUUCGAUCUCUGAAUGCUCCGUCAAGUCCUCAGUUACUUCAGCUACCAGGGAGGACUAGAAGUGUACGGUCCUCAGUCACAGGCAUUACGGCGGCAUUGAGCUUACGGUCCUUGCAAGGUUCAUCUAGUCUUCAUGUACCUGGAGAGCGGGUUCGGACUGGCAGUAUACUUAUACCUUGCCUGUCACCGCGGUCGUCCACUGCUGGUCUCCCAUCAGAGCGAAAGAUCAGUUUUGUUCUUCAUGAACCAGACAAUGAGUCAGAAGGCAGCAGCAACACUACAGUUACCCUUCAGGGGGAAGAAAAAGAGCAACAAGACGACAAAAAGACAAGGAGAACAACACCUCAAGGCCGUCCAUUUUUGCUGCGACGAGGAACUGCCACUACUACUGCUCCCACCACAGGCUCUUUCAAACGUAGGAGUCUAAAGUUGAGGAGAGGCACCAAGGAAGGUGCAAAAGACAUUCUUGACUGUGAUUUUAAAAGAGCAGAUUCGAUUCAAUCCAAACGUAAAGUGAGUUCAUUAUCGGAUCGAAGUGACACUUCCGAGCAGGGAAUAGGGGAAGUGAGUGGAGAAGAAUCUCCUGGUAUUCUGAGCGACGAUCAACCCCCCGAGAGCCCUAGUGACAGUAAUGAUGCAGACGACACAAGCACCCACCUGCCUUGGCUCAAGGUUAUGAUUCAAAUGGCCAACUCAUUUAACUACUACUGCUCUCAUCAAUCAUUCUGCCAUCCAUUCUGCUACAAGCGGCACAUGAGGGCAGCGACCCGACUCAUCAAAGCUGUAAGACAGGUCUAUGGAGAAGAAUUUGGUAUAAUUGGCUCACAAGAAAGGAGAUUAUUUGAUGACCAUAAAAAAGAUCCAAAAACAAGAGGUCAUAAAGAAAGUGAGAAAACCAGUACUCAAGCUUCUCCAGUACGCAGAAAAGACAGUAUUUCAAAGAAAGAUAGGAUUGAUAAAAAUUUUGAUACCCAUAAAGAUUCUACUAAGGACAUCAACGAAGAUGUUGAAAAGGCACAGGAGCCAAUUCAUUCAAAGAAAAAUCAGCAAAAAGAAGAAAAGAAAGAACACCCUCCAAUCCUAAAAUAUUUAAAAACACAGGUGAGAGACGGAUUCCACUCCAUCCUGGGAGUGCUUGUGAAGGGAGCUGUGGUGAUGAGUGAGGAACAGUUUGUAGAGAUGCUGUCAGUGUCGUGGGAGUUGCUCCUACAGACCAACCAGGAAGUGGCAGCCAGUGCUGCAGCUCUCUUCAUCCUGGGUGCAGUGCGAGCCCCUGUCCAUGCCUCGCAGGUCAUGCAACAUGCGCUACACCAUCAGGAUCCAGCUGUGCGCAUCAAUGCCAUACUCAGAUUCCAAGCUCUAUGGAAAUUAAGGUAUCAAGUGUGGCCCAGAAUGGAAGAAGGGGCUCAUGUUACUUUCAAGGUUCCUCCUCCUGGAAUAGAAUUUACGUUGCCUUCUCCAAAGAUAGGAAUUGAAUCGUUACCAGUAGUAGAUCCUCCGUGGAUGCCUCAAGUUAAAACAAAGGUGGAAGAAGUCACUCUGAAUCAAGAGAGCCAUGUAAGACAUCACCAACACACUGUUAGCAAGUUUCGGUCCUUGGUAACAGCUACAAAGACACGUAAAAAGCAACAAACAGAAUUAAUUAAAAUGGCAUUGCAAGCAAGAGAGGAUAAAAGACGGUCUGAGAGGGAAAACUUUUUGGUAACUGCAAUCUCCAUCACAGUCCAAGCUGCUUACGAGCCAAGUCUUCAUCAUGGUGCAGGGGAUGAUCAUGAUGAAGGUGGAGAUGAAGAGCAGGGAGAGACACAGCAAAGGAAUACCAGUCACAUGAUACACUCAGCACACUCGCUGUUCCCUUCAUGUCUCUGUUCGUCUGCUAUACAGAUCAUCAAUUUACUGGAUGACGCAGCAGUCUCUGCAGAUGGCAACGCUGUCUAUGAAAUAGCUUAUCAGGUCAUCUGGAAUUGUAUGGUUGAAGAUAGCUCUUUAUUUCUACGAUAUGUACUAGAAAGAUUGACUCGGGAAAAGCAAGAUCUGAUGUUCAAAAUUCUACGACAUCUGAUUCGGUUUGUCCCUCGCCUUCCUCAACAGGCAGCCUUCACCUUAUACAAUUACAUCAUCGGUUAUGUCAUGUUCUAUGUGAGGUCACCACAUGAAGAGGGUCAGAAAUUAAUUGGGGCAGCACUGUCUGUUCUCUGGAUGGUAGUUCAUAGUGUUCAUGGAAUCAUGUUUAAAGAUUUGAAACAAAUCUUACGUAAGGAACAGUGUGAUGCUUCCAUUCUACUUACAGCCAACGUUCCAUCUACCAAAAAGAUCAUUGUGCAUGGACCUCAAGAGCAAGAUGCUGGGGGUAUACCUUCACAGUUCCCUGUCCAAGAAGAUACUCAGUUCUGUCAGAUACUAAGGGAGUCAUUAGAUUUUUUUGGUAUCGAUGAAGCACGUCACAAAGAAUUCUUUUUGGUCGAUCACAAAACUCAUCAGAUACACAAUCCAACAUCUUAUGUCCGAGAUUUCUACUUCUUCAAGCGGUCCCAAUAUCCACAACUGAAACUUGUGCAUAUGAAAGCAGAUGAAGCAUUCAACGCUCUUCAGCGACAGGAACUCAUGCAUAAAUUUGUUGAGAUUGGUAAAGUUCUGCUCACGUGGGCUAUCCUAAAAAAUGUUGACAUGGUAGUACAGCGUGUUGUGUUUUUACAUGAAGAAUUGAUGAAACUACCUUCAUUUCCACGCAAAGCACUUGAAGCAGAUUUAGAUCUAUACAAAGGUGGAGAAAUGGGAAAGGAACUUCUAGGGCUUGAUGUGCUUCACAAAUUCAUGUGGGUACGUCUCAUAGCUCGAAUGUUCGAGGCUAUGGCAGGUAACUUCGCUUACUCUGGUGACAUCCAUCUUUUCCUGAAUGUGCUCAAUGGAGCAGUUAUCCUUCACAGUGAAGAUGCAUGUAUUCUACGAUAUGUCAUGGCUACCUACAUUAAUGCAGCCCAUAACUUCAAAAAUAUAUUUUCAACUAAUGGCUAUUUUCUUAUCAUUCCUACUCUGCUUCAACUGUAUGCCAGCCACCAGACAAACAAGCUGGUCACCAGGACUGUGGAGUAUGUUGUCAAGCAAUUUUAUUUGAUGAAUCGAAAACCCUUCAUCCUCCAGAUGUUCGGUAGUGUGUCUGCUAUUCUUGAUAUUGAUGAUACUGCGCAAUUUGGUGAUGCACAUAAGGUUCCGUCAUCCUGUCUAUUCAGCCUGCUGCUUAGCCUGGAGACUCCAUCACCUGAUCCUCUUAACAUAGGAGAACUGGUCAAAGAAGAGAAGCCCCUGCAGGCUAUUGACUUUUGUUAUCAUGAUGAGAGUGAAAUGGUCACUGUGCUUGACUGUAUCUCUCUCUGUGUAAUGGUGGUUGCAUAUGCAGCUGACUCUCUUAGAGCACAACAGAUGCUGACAAUUCUAGAAGCGGUACUUCCUUGCUAUCUCCAGCAGAUUCGUCUACCAAGUUACCGCAGACUACAGGAAGGAAAAACUGAAAGAGAAAUAAUAAGUCAGCUGGCGAUUGCUAUAAAAACUCUUGUAAAUAACUGUGAGGGAUUAGCAAAGAACUACAAUGGACCAAACCCAUCAAGUCCAGAACACAAAGGAUCUAGCCAGAAAAACUACAGUCGUGCUCCAUACUCUCCUGGCUUUGACUUUGAGGAGGAUUCCCACUCAAAAUAUUUGAGUGAUCGAAGCAGAACUAAAAUGUAUCAUGAGAGAGACAUGGAAGAUUCUGAGGUAUUACGCAAUGAUUUCCGGCGACCACGAGACGUGCUACUUUCCCUUGUAGCAGACUUUGUGACAACAUGCACAGCUCGGCUGGUAGAGCUCAACAAGAAGUAUCCCCAGGAUGGCAAGGUUGUGGAGCUCCUGGAUCUGCGUUCUCACAGUAGACUGGCGGAUGUGGCUCACACUCUACUGAAAGUAUCUCCAUAUGAUCCAGACACAAUGUCAGGCAAGGGUUUGCAGCGUUACAUCACACAGCUACUACCCUCCACUGAGUGGUCUAAUGAGGCUCUCAGGCCUGCGUUGAUUCUCAUCCUCAGACGGAUCGACAAAACAUUUAACAAGAUCUACAAAAAACCUGGAAUCAGAAGACACACAGAUUGGGAAGCAGCUGGAGGAUUGCUGAGAGGAGUCUACGAGACACUAUCCCGGCAUCCCUACAUUGUUCACAUGCAGAACCUAAAACAACUGGUGUCUACUUGCCAGUCUCUAAUACUUGGAGAGAACAGUUCCCCAGUGGGUGAGAGCCAGUCAUCAGCCACAAACGCUCUGAUGAGUCAGGUCCCACCCCCUCACUUCUGCUCCAUGGUCGUGCGUCUAAUAGCCCUUCAGAUACUUGCUGUUGGGGAGUCAUACACAUUGGAACAAGUUUGUGGAGGAGUUUCUGUUUUUCCCAGCCAUGAGAAAACAGAGAGUAUGCUCAUGAACUUAUUGCUGCCUCUCUGCUUAAGAGUUGGAAGUGGGAGGAAAGAUGUACACUGCAUGCGACAGACAGACAUUAGCUUCACUCUCACAGUUGUGUUACAUGCCAUGUGUCCUCCCACCUCCAAGAGUGCAGCUCUCACCAUCAAGUCCUCUUCUGAUACCCGGACUGGUUCUUUUACUUUUUUGGCAAGGGAAGCCAAAACCAGUCCCACUGUUUCUAGAUCAGUCUAUCAGGUUGCAUUUUUGGGUUUGAAGAUAUUGUUGGUGUGUUUUGAAAAUGAUUUGGUUAAAGACUGGCCACGGAUCGCACGUACCAUUCGUGACAUGAGCAAGGUGCACGAGGCACGUCUUCUGUACUGGAACUUUAUAGACUUUGUAGUCUCUCAGAGAUCACCAGUGUUUGUUCUCCUUUUACCAUUCAUUAACCAGAAGCUGAGUCAGCCACCUUUGACUGAACAUGAGCGGCAUCUACAAUUCAUCAUCAGAGAGAAGAUGUCAGGUUUGAGUACGAUUGCUCCCAAGUGUCGGGGAGCCCUGCUCAUCGAGUUGAUGCACGAAAUGAAGCAACUAAAAGAAGAACUCGAUGAUCGUAAGUAUGACGAACAGUCAAAUCAGAAAAAAGAAGUACAGCAGACCGAGAUUGUGCCUCCCCAUCCUCGUCAUCACAGGCCGUCACUGAUUGACCUGCUGACAGGUGCCAACCAGAGUGGCAAUGUCACACCAGGACACAGAGAGUCUAUAUCGAGUGCGCCAGGUAGCGACCCUGCAGUUGCCUUGCUCAUGUCCAAGUACGCGUCAUCCACAGCCGGUGAAAUAAUGAGCCCAGGUGAAGAAAGUUCAAGUGAACUUGGAGGUUCAAAAAGUAAACCAAGACUUCAAAGAUCAAAGGCACAAAGUCGAAAAACAUUUAGACUGAGAAAAAGCAGAAUUGAGAGCCAUGGACACCAGCAACAACAGCAGCAAACUACUCCACCAAAACAGGAAGAAGUUAGCUCCCCUACAAAACCAGAAACUCCUCAACAGCCUGUAGCUUCCCAGCCCUUGCCUGCCCAGAGUCCCCCUCCACUUCAUCAUUCGCAGCCCUCUCAACAGCGUACAGUUCUCAAGACAGAGGUGUCAUAUGAGGAUGAUAGUGCCCUGUCCCAGACUUCUAGCACUUCAGGAUACAGAGAAAACUGUUCCCUCCUACUCAUGGCCAUGGAGUCACCUCCACAUCCAUCUACAAGUAGUAGUACAAUUGUUCCUCCAUCACCAACUUCCAGCUCUGGGGAUCCGUCCAUGCUUGUCCCAUUUGAGACCCAAGAUGAAGAUACUCUUAUUUAGUUAUUAGCAUCAAAUAAACAGGAAGACUAAUUUUAAGAUAGUUAUGUUUUAAAUAUAAUUUAUGUUAAAAAUCCUUAAUACAUGUUUUGUGAAGAAUAUAUGAUGUUGUGAAAUAAAACAAAUGUUUUAUA